UGGUGUCCUGCUUCGUACGCGCGGGCGGGCAUGGUCGCGCAUAAAUACACCCAGACCAGACGGGCGAGCAGGCAGCUGUCCACGACAGCCUGAACUUGAGGGAGGAAACUGUUCACCGCAGCAGCCGGCAGGGGCGGCGUUCCGUGAAGCCGUGAAGGUAGCGUAGCGAUAGCCUGGGAGAUCAGAAGAAGAAGACGGUGAUGAUGAGACGGGGUGCCCGUGCCCUGCGGCUGUGCGCGCUCCUGCUCGUCGUGCUCCUCUGCGCGGCGAGCCUCGCGGACGUCGGGGAAGCCAGGCGCGGCGGAGGCGGCGGGAGGGGCGGCCAGGGCGGCCGCUCCAUCGGUGGCGCCGGCGGAGUAAGAGGAAGCCACAGCGGCGGGCCCCGCGGCCUCAGCGGCGGCACCUGGACGGCGUGCGCCGGCUCCUCGCUGCUGGCUGCGGCGGCCGUGCUCCUGUAGACUGUCCCAUCUCAUGCUACAUCGACGAUUUCUAUCUUUUUUCUUUCCUUCUUUGGGUUAGGAGCAGGUAAAGGUUUCCUUUUUUCUUUGUUCUCAUGAACUGGGGGGUGAUGAUGUGUAGAGCGCAUGGAUCUCGGGACGCAUAUGGUCCUGUUUGCCGUGUUUGGCAUGGAGAAACUGCGAUCAGUGAUUGUAAACUUCGAGCAUUUUUUUUUUUGGUAAACUUCGAGCAUUGUACGGACUGCGGGGGCAAUUGAUUUCCGAUCGAGUACAUGUAUGCCGCAAUUCGAUAACUCGAGGCAAACAUUGCAAUCGUAA